CGUCAUGGGUAAACGGACGUAGACCCUUCUUAUAGCUCCUCUUUUCCUCAUUUUCACUUCCUACCUCAGUUGACGUCCAGAUACGAUACUCAAUCAUGGUUCAGAACAAAGCUCUCAUAUUUAAGAAGAUUCCUGAGGGACUGCCAGUUCCUGGCAAAGACCUCGUCGUCGAAACCCGCGAAUUCGAUCUCGAGCAAGCCCCUCCAUCUGGUGGGGUCACGACCAAGAAUUUCUAUGCCUCCCUCGAUCCCUACCAACGAGGCCGUCUACGCUCUCCCGAAAUCAAAUCCUACUCUCCUCCAUACACGCUUGGCCAGCCUCUCAACAAUAAUGUCGUUGCUAAGAUCAUAAAGUCGGACAAUCCCAAAUUCAAGGCGGGCGAUUUGGUUAGCGGAUCCAUUUCUUUCGAAGAAUACUCGGCUGUCUCCAAGGAGAUGGUUGAUGCUACGUUCAAGAAGAUUGAUAACCCGUACAAUUUGGAUCUUAUGACGUUCACUGGAGCGUUGGGCAUGCCUGGUAUGACUGCAUAUUCAUCCUUCUACGAAAUUGGCAAACCACAAAAGGGAGAGACAAUGUUUGUGUCUGCAGCUUCGGGGGCAGUUGGUCAGCUCGUUGGACAACUGGGAAAGCAUGCCGGGCUCAAGGUUAUCGGAUCCGUUGGUUCAGACGAGAAGUUGGAUUUCAUUAUCAAAGAACUGAACUUCGAUGGUGGUUUCAACUACAAGAAAGAGAAGCCAAUAGAUGCUCUCAAGCGCUUAGCACCAGAGGGCAUCGAUAUCUACUACGAGAACGUUGGAGGAGAACAGCUUGAAGCUGCUAUUGAUUGCAUGAACAAUUUUGGCAGAAUCAUUGCUUGCGGAAUGGUGUCAGAAUACAACAAGGCUCCGAAUGAAAAAUAUGGCAUCAAGAACUUGAUGUUGGUUGUUGGCAAGCGGUUGAAGAUGCAGGGUUUCAUUCAGGGAGAUGAGAAUAUGGCGCCUAAAUAUAGGGAGGAACGGGAUAAGAAUGUUGCGAAGUGGCUGCAUGAGGGAACUUUCAAGGCUAAGGUGAGCGUUACGGAUGGAAUUGAUAAUGCAGCUGAGGGUCUGGUUGGAAUGCUUCAAGGCAAGAACUUUGGAAAAGCAGUACUGAAGAUUGCUGAUCCAGAAUAACUAUACUGACAUCAGAUAUGAAUAUGGCAUUUUGAGUGUACUAUACAAGAAUGCAUAUUGAAUUCCAGCUUCUUCGUAUUUGAUGGCGCGACUCACAAAUGCUAUCUCUGCUGCAUAUUGCCACUUUGUCCGUUGCAAAUGUUCUGUGACCUCGUGGAACAUUCGAUCAAGUGAAAGGCUGAAAGCCAAGUAAUUAUUUCUCGAGUUUUGAAAACCGUUGGACAAGACGUAC